AUGGAAGCAGGAAAUACAGAAGAAGUUGAAGAAGAACCAGACAAAACAUACAUCAAAGAAAAAAACCCUGCAGGUAAAAGGCAAGUGCUGCUACAAUGGAGAAAUGGCCAAGUAAAAAAGAAAAAAGAGCAAGAUGAAGAGAUUACAAAUGAGAACUUUGAAACUGAAGCAAAAAGAUUUAAUCGGAAGACAAACAAGCAUGCGCAGCGUAAAGGAAAAGACAAACUAUUAGAUAGCUCACAGUCAAAUCUCUUCAGUAACCCAAAAGCAWUGUCAGAAUCUCAAACAUACAACAACCAGCAGCAAGAGGGCGAAGAAAAGGAGUAUGACACUAAUAAUAUGUGGGCAGAAUUAGAACAUGUACUCGGYGAAACACCACGCACAGCUGCCGCAUGCAUGAAUCUAGCAAAAAAUGCUGAAUUUAAAGGGUUCCGCAAACGACGCCCAAAGAAACAAAAGAAAGCUAAGCGUACUUUUCGCAGUGAAUGUCGAAAAAGAUCAAGUUCCAAAGACAGUUCGUUGGCUUUUCCUGAGCAAGAAGGUGAUUACGGGGAAGAAAAAGGAAACGGGUGUAUCGAUGACAGACAGCUGUUUUCUCCUUACAUGGAAUAUUGUCCAAAAAACUCAAAACCUUUAAGAAAAAUAUUUGAAAGGUUUUCGUACAAUUUGAGCAACUCACCAUCAGAGAGAGACAUACAAGAAAUAGACGCAAAGGCAGAUAUAAAGGCUGAAAGAUGGGUGUACAACGUCCUGACGAUUCCYGACUACAGGGACAGUCCUGAACUAUACUGUACUACCAAUGAUCCCUCCACACCAUCCCCUCCCUUGGAAGCAAAGCCAUCUGAAGAAAGGUUCGAAACAUCACGAUGGACAAACGAAGCGAUACUGGAGUUUGGUAAAGAUGAUGUUGAUCAAGAAUCAAGGCCAUUUAUGGGUGAACCUGAAGAAUCAUUAGAUAUCAUUCAGACCCUACCCAACGUUGUCCCAAGGCACGAAUAUGACGGUUUUCCGAUAUAUCGCUCGCAUUGCAUUAAUAACGAACCUGAGACAGGCCGAAUAGCAUCGCAAGGCAUGAUGGGACUGAGCAAGUUGAUUAGACGAUCAAACUCUGCGYACACAAAGGAUCAAGUACAACCGUUUAGUUGGCCUGUAGACCAACCUUACUAUCUAAAUGGUGGUURUGAAAGAUCAAUGGAGGAACAAAUAUAUAUGUUGGACGAGGAUCAGUUAACAACAUUCAAUGCUCUCUUCGAUAGAAUGGAGUUGUUGUAACCCAUGUCCUCUACAUUUAAACAAUAUCAUGUUAUUAAUAAAUA